CCAGGUGGAGGAGGGGAGAGGACGUCAUAUUGAGGAAGCGUAACCUGCACGGAAACCGAAGCCACCCGACGUGGAAGCAGUUCCAUUUUUCAGGAGAAAAAUAACACGCAUUAAAUAGUCUGACUGACAGACACAACAACAAGGAAUGGCCUCUGCUAACGCUUCCUGGUCUGAGGAGAACUUUUCUUGUUCCAUCUGUCUGGAUGUGUUCAGCAGUCCAGUUUCCACACCAUGUGGACACAACUUCUGCAGAACCUGUAUUAAUAAGUUCUGGGAUGGACAAGUCCAGUACAAAUGUCCUGUUUGCAACAAGGUUUUCGACACUAGACCUGAUCCACAGGUCAAUAUCCUUGUAUCAGAGCUGGCUGCUCAGUUUAGAACGACCGUACAAGUAAAAGAGCAGCCUUGUGUUGAAUCAUCAGAAGUUCCCUGUGACGUCUGUACUGGGAGCCAGCUGAAGGCUGUGAAGUCCUGCCUGGUGUGUUUGGUCUCCUACUGCCAAACCCACCUGGAACCGCAUCAGAGAGUCACAGGCCUGAAGAAACAUCGGCUGGUCGAGCCUAUGGACCGUCUGGAAGACAGGAUGUGUAAGAAACACAACAGACUUCUGGAGCUCUUCUGCCAGACUGAAGAGGUGUGUGUGUGUCAGUCCUGCACAGAGGGUGACCACAGGUCCCAUCCUGUUGUACCUCUAAAGGAGGAAUAUGAAGUGAAGAUGGCCCAGCUGGGGAAGAUGGAGGCUGAAGUUUCGCAGAUGAUCCAGGAGAGAAAAGUAAAGAUUAAGGAGAUCAGAGACGCGGUAGAACGUAGCAAAGCAGAUGCAGACAGAGAGAUAGCCGAUGGUGUGCAGGUCCUCACUGCUCUGAUGCGCUGCAUUGAAAAGUGCCAGGAUGAUCUCAACAAAAUGGUUAAAGACAGACUGAAAUCCACAGAGAAACAGGCUGAAGACCUCAUCAAAGAGCUGGAGCAGGAAAUAGAAGAUCUGGCCAAUAGAAGCUCAGAGGUGAAGCAGCUCUCGCACACUAAAGACCUUCUCCACUUCAUCCAGGCCUUCAGAUCCCUGAAGGAUCCUCCACCCACCAGGGACUGGACGACGGUGGAGGUCCGUCCUCCGUCAUACGUAGCGACCUUGAGGAGAUCCCUAGAUCAGCUCGAGGAGACACUGAACAUGGAGAUGAAGAAGCUACGUGAUGAUGUUGAACUGAAGAGGGUCCAGCAGUAUGAAGUAGAUGUGACUCUGGAUCCUGAUACAGCUCAUCCCAGGCUCAUCUUGUCUGGGGAUGGGAAACAAGUCCAUGAUGGAGGUGUAGCGAAGAAACUCCCAGACAACCCUAAGAGAUUGACAUAUUAUGCAUGUGUGCUUAUGAGGCAGAGCUUCUCCUCAGGGAGAUUUUACUUUGAGGUCCAGGUUAAAGACAAGACUGCAUGUUAUUUAGGAGUGGUCAGAGAGUCCAUCAACAGAAAAGGUUGGACCAGGUGGACCCCUGAGACGGGCUACUGGACUCUCUACUACGACAAGGAUGGGUUGGUAUUUAAUGGUAAUCCUGCUGUCCGUCUCCCUCUGAGAGCUGAGCUCCAGAAGGUGGGGGUGUUUGUUGAUUAUGAUGAGGGUCUGGUCUCCUUCUAUGAUGUGGAAGCCAGGGUUCAUCUCUACUCUGCUACCGGCUGCACCUUCAGAGAGCCUCUCUAUCCAUUCCUCUGUCCGUGUGGAGGAAAAAACUCUGCCCCCCUGAUCAUCUCACCUGUCAAUCAAACAGACUAGGAUAUUUGUUUGAUGAUGAAAAAUCAAACAACCAAAAUAACUAAUGUUUCCUGAAUGGGAAUCUCUACCAUGGGAGAUCUGAGAGAACUGCAUUCAUAUUCACCUUCAUUUAAAUACAACAAAAUGUAUUAAGCAACUUACACUGUGUACUAUAACAAGUAUAAAUCACUAUAACUGGUUGGACUACUCUUAAAUGUUCAAUAUCUUUUUUUCUUCACGUUUUUUAAUUAAAAUUAGGUUAGUUGAAAAUAUGAAAUGUUGGUUUUAUUAUUAUUUUGAUCACAUUAUCGAUCAAAUAAAUAUACGGUUUUGUUGUUUUAAAUCAUGUUUGUUAACUCAAUACAAUGUUUGUACACUUCAGAUUUGAAUAAAAAUUCACCAAAAGUACAAUGGGGUCUUUUUCUGUGGAAUAGGUACAUUCUCAGUAUAACACGUUUUCAGUAGAUAUAUGAUCAGUGAGGUAAAACAAAAACCUCUGUGUUGCCUUAAAACCCAUUGACAAACGAUGGGAUUUAAUAAAGGAAUAAAAUCUAAAAUCUUCUAGCUGAAGAGCCAAUCAAUGACUUCCUGACGGCCCAGCGGUCAGCGCU